AAUUUCCGGACGGUGGUCGUAAAUACAUUCAUUGUAUAUAUAUAAUGUGAAUUUGGAUAGUUGGUAGAAUGAGUUAUUACCGAAACUUUCUCUAUUUUGCUGCUUCAUUAUUUGCAUGGAUUGCACAUUCAGAAGGAAGAAUCGUAUCAACAUACUUAUCUUCUCAUACAUUCAGUUGGCUGGAGGGAAAGGAAUAUUGUCAAAUGGCUUCUCUUGAAGAAGCUCAGAAUAUAUCUUCCUCGUAUAAAGGUUUGAGCUGGGUCGAUGUAACCGGAACUUACUCUACGUGGGUUGAGUAUUUAGGAUGUUUUGACGUUAAACAUUUGAAAAUUGCUACUGAGAAAAUAUUUAUCAACGGGACUUCGCUAUCGGAUUGCUUAGAGACAUGUCAGGGUUCUUUCUUCAUCGGUUUACAGGUAAAGCGAUGUGCUUGUUUACUAAAUAUUACACUGAAUAGUUUAAGCGUAAAUAGUGAAUGUAGAUAUGAUUUAUUAGUCACAUGUCUCAAAGACGGACGAGCAUUUUGCGCAUCAGAAGACACUGUUAUCUCCACGCAACACUUCGCCGUUUACAAAAAAGUUAACAUUGCAACGCAAACUGUUGGAGAGUGUUUAUCUGUAACGAACCGAGGUUCUUUUUUGAGUUAUAUCGCACUAGAUUGUUUGACAGAACUGUUUGCUAUAUGUUUAAACGAUAUUUACAAAAACUAUUUCUAUGCGCAGAAAAAAAGAAAAAAAACUUGGAUUGAAUCAUUCAUGGAAUGUGAAUCAACGAUUCUAGCUCGGCGUAGUCAAAUACUCGAUGACUCGCCACUUGACACCAAUGUUAGUUACUGGUUAGCAAAUACUAGGCGAUUUGUCAAGCACGUUACAGCAAGGAGAAAUCCAGAAUUUUGCAUGGCAGUACAAGUACAAAAAAAUGGUAAAAUCAUACAAUAUCCUAGACCUUGUAAAACACGUUUACCUGCUCUAUGUUUAGGAACUGAAGCCGUUAACAAUGAAUUACUGGUAACAUUGCUGGUUAUCGUAUCAGUUUUGACAGUUGUAGUUACUGCCGUGAUCAUCGUUCUUUAUAUGAGAUUACGAAAACGAGGAUCAAAUACAGGUCAUUUACCGAUGGAUUCAAGCAAAGAAGUAAUAUAUGCUACUGUAAACAAGCCACGAAAGUCACCAACAAAUCAGGAACAAAGUAGAAAACGUACACCCGGACAACCUGAUAUUGAUGAAACAUACGAUCACACAAAUCACCAUCGAUUAAGUCAGAAUCAGAGUACGAAUGAAAGUUAUUAUGACACAAUGCAAGGAAAAGGAAUAGAAGACGAGAGUAACUACGAUCUAACCCAUGAACCAGAUAGAGACAAACCCGUUGUUGUUGAUGAUUCUGUAGAGUACAGCCACAUGGAAGAUGACAUUUAAAUUUAAGAGACGUGCGGAAGACUCGAUACAGCAUUAGUUAUUACAUUUUGAUUAUGUUUUUUUUUGUUUUUUUUUAAAAUUCACAUAAAUAAAGGUUGCAUUUUUUAAGCAAAACAUU